AUGUAUGUGUAUGUACAUGGUAAAGAACUAAGGUUAACAAUAUCAGAUUACAUUGAUCUAACUACUACUACUACCACUACUACUACUACUACUACUACUACUACUACUACUACUACCACUACCACUACUACUACUACUACUACUACUACUACCACUACUACUACUACUACCACUACUACUACUACCACAACUACUACUACUAUCACUAGUACUACUACCACUACUACUACUAUCACUACUACUACUACCACUACUACUACUACUACUACUACUACUACCACUACUACUACUACUACCACUACUACUACUACCACUACUACUACUACUACCAGUAAAAUAAGUAGUAAUGAUUCCGACUUGACAUCAUCAUUAACAAAUGUCACAACAACAACAACAACAACUUAUAAUAAUAAUACUACUAAUAAUACUACUACUCAUAAUCAUAGAAAAGAAGAUCGUGUUAAACGUCCAAUGAAUGCAUUUAUGGUAUGGUCACGUGGUCAACGUAGACGUAUGGCACAAGAAAAUCCUAAAAUGCAUAAUUCAGAAAUAAGUAAACGUCUUGGUUCAAUGUGGAAAAAUUUAUGUGAAACAGAUAAAAAACCAUUUAUUGAUGAAGCAAAACGUUUAAGAGCAAAUCAUAUGGCACAAUAUCCUGAUUAUAAAUAUAGACCAAGACGUAAACAUAAACCAUUAGAAAGACAAAAAAAGACUACAUCCACAUUACCUGGUACAGUAAUAGGUGGUUACUUGAAUAAUACAACAUCAGGAUUACGUAAUCAUAGUAUCCAUGGUAUUGGAAAUGUACCCUUAACUCAUUCAAAUCGUAAUAUUCCUAAUAUAUUUGAUCCAUUAAUUACAUCAUCAUCAUCAUCAUCCUCAUCAUCAUCAUCAUUACAAUGUCAUAAUCAAUUUAAUCAACAUAUUCAUAAACAUGAACAUCAUCAUCAUCAUUUACAUGGAUUAUUUAAUUCAUCUAAUCCACGUUUUAAUUCAUCACAUUCAUAUUCAUCAACAAUAAAUCCAUUGACAAAUUAUUUACCGCAUCAAAUUACUGGUUUAGUAAAUACUACUACUAAUACUACUAAUAAUAAUAACCCUUCAUUAAUUGAAUCCCAACAACGACCAAUUGAUUAUCAAUCACAUAAUCUUUCAACAAACUAUUUACAAUCUAAUAUGAUGAUGAUGCCAUAUUAUACAAAUGAAUUUCAUCAAAAUGAUAAAGAUAUUAGUUUAAGACAAACAUUAUUUGGAUCUGAUACAAAUGCUUCAUUGUCAUCAUUAUCAUCAUCAUCAACGACGACGACGACGACGACGAUGACGACAUCAUCGACAACGGCAACAACGCAAUAUGACCAGCAUACAUCAUUUCAUUCACAAUCAUUAUAUGCUAAUCGACAGAUUUCUGGACAAUAUAGAGAUACUACUACUGUCCAUAAUAAUAAUAAUAGUAGUAAUAGUAAUAGUGAUAAUUAUUCUAGAUCAUUAUUAAGACAAGAACCAAUUUAUGGAUCCGAACAAAAUUUAUCAAUGAAUCAAUAUAAUAGAAAUGAUGAUAAAUCUUUAGAGUUUUUACGUAAUACAUCAUCUAUUCCAAUGAAUAACAAUAGUGUCAGUCAACAGUUAUUACCAACUGAUAUGUCUAGUCCAUUUUCAGCAGUAGCUGCAGCAGCUUUAGCCGCUGCAGCUGUAAAUGAUACAAAUAUUGAACAUAAUACAGAUAUGAAUCAUUCAAAUUCUAUGACAAUUAUGCAACGUUUAAGUAAUACACCAUGGUCAAUGUUUUAUUCAAAUAAUGGUAAUAUGAUUAAUUCUAUGAGAAUAAAUGAACAAAGAUCAUUUCUUAAUCAAUCAACAAUUAGAUCAAAUCAAACAGGGGGAUCAAGUUUAGAUUCACCACCACCAUUUUCAAUUGGACGAAGUGGAUCUAGCACACCAAUUAUGAAUAAUAUCAAUAAUACUACUACUACUAAUAGUAAUAAUAAUAAUAAUAACGGUAGUAAUUUCCCCCGUGUUACAUCAUCAACAUCAUCGUCAUCAUCAGUUACAAGUGGUAAUCCUCAUAGUGCAGCAGCUGCUAUGAUGGCAGCUGUAGCAGCGGCAAAUUAUGCAGCAUCUCAAUUAGCAUAUUAUGGUAAUAGUGGAAAUACAACAUCAGGCAUGGAUCAACAUCAUCAUCAUCAUCUUCAACAUCCUCAUUCACAACAACAACAACAACAACAACAACAACAACAACAACAACAACAACAAUCGCAACAUCAUCACCAACAUUCACAGCAGUUGUUGCCUCAACACUUAAAUAGUACACAACAUACAGAUUGGUUAAAUAAAAACAUUAAUAAUAGUAAUAAUUAUAAUAAUAAUAACUCACAAAAUACUACACAACGAUCUGUUUCAUCUGCAUGGUCAACACUUUAUCGAAAUGAAUGUGAUCCAGUGGAUGUUGGAAGAAAUGAUAUGAAUACAUCUUAUACAUCUGGUCUACAAUUUGAUGCCCAUAAUCGAAGUAAUAACAAUAAUAUAACAUCACAAUUUCAUGUCAGUCGUAAUACAUCAUCAUCUACAUCAUGGUUGGAACGUCUUGAUGCUCAACAACAUCAUCAUAACCAACAACAACAUUAUUUUACUAAUCAUAGAAUAUUACCUAAUAUUACUGAAUUAGGUAAUAUAACUAAUUAUACUGGUAAUCGAGAUCUUUUAAAUGAAUCAUCUUCCAAUGUACAAAAGAAUUAACCAUCACCACCACCAACAACAAAAAGUACAUUCCCAUUGUUCAUUUACUUUUCUUAUUUCAUAUAAUCAAGAAUUCCUUAUUUGUUGUUACACGAAAAAAAUUGGGUGUAAAGGAUUUCAUUGAUUGUAGACAUUUUGAUUAUUGUACAGCUGAGUAAAAAAAUUUUUUUAAUAUAGAUAUUUAUACCCCCUCCCCUAUAUGAAAUCAAUAAACACUCACAACAACACAGAGAGAGAGAGAGGGAGGGAAGAAGAGAGAGGGGGAUAUAGCAUCAUACCAACAUGCCAAAGAUGCAUAAAUACAUAUAUUGAUUCUCUUUUUCUUUUUUUUCUUCUUAUAAAUGAAAAAAGAUAUUACUUUGCAUAGAAACAAAAGAAUUCAAUAGAAUUACAAAUGAGAAUGUAAAAUCAAAAGUAUAAAUUCUCUAUUGGAAAGCAUUUUUCUAUAAAAAAAGAAGAGAAAAAGAAAAUAUGGGGAAAAAAAGAGAAAAAUAAACAAACGAGAAGAAUUCAAUUGUAAUUAUUUAUUUAUUUGUUUGUUUGUUCAAUGAUCACUUCUUUCUUUCUUUUUUUUCAAUUUUCGUUCCUCUUUAUACUUCUCUAUAUAAUCAUGUUGAAUCUUGUCUAUUCUACAUAUAUAUAUAUAUAUAUAAUGGAUACAGUAUUCUUGUAUCAUUCCUAUUUGGUAAAGUAACAUUGACCAUCAGUCGAAUAGAUAAUAAACAAUGUUAUGAUUAGUUGUUAUGUAAUGAACAUUAUCUUAUAAUAAUGUGACAUAAUCAUUAAAAGAUAUUCCCUUCAACUUAGCAUUACUAAAUAGAAAUAGAUCUAUCUAUCUAUCUAUC